AUUAUAAACUGAUUAUCUGGAUAUUUGAAAGAUCUGGAAAAUAUUUUGCUUCUGAAUGGGGAAAAUAAAGAUGGCUGAUCCUUGGCAAGAAUGCAUGGACUUUGCAGUGACUUUAGCAAAAAGAGCUGGAGAGGUAGUCCGAGAGGCACUGACGAAGGAGAUAGAUAUCAUGAUUAAAAGCUCUCCAGCAGAUCUAGUGACAGUAACUGAUCAAAAAGUGGAAAAUAUGCUUAUUUCUUCUCUAAAAGAAAAAUAUCCAUCUCACAGCUUUAUUGGAGAAGAAUCUGUUGCAGCUGGUGCAGGAAGUAACUUGACGGAUAAUCCCACUUGGAUUAUUGACCCUAUUGAUGGAACUACUAACUUUGUACACAGGUUUCCCUUUGUGGCAAUUUCAAUUGGCUUUGUUGUGAAGAAAAAGAUGGAAUUUGGAAUUGUGUAUAGCUGUGUAGAAGACAAAAUGUAUACCGGCAUGAAAGGAAAAGGAGCAUUUUGUAAUGGACAAAAACUCCAAGUAUCGCAACAACGUGAUAUUACAAAAGCACUCUUGGUGUCAGAACUGGGAUCCAGCCGCGAUCCAGAAGUUAUAAAAACUAUUCUUUCCAACAUGCAAAGACUCCUCAGCAUUCCUAUUCAUGGGAUUAGAGCAGUCGGGACGGCAGCCGUAAAUAUGUGUCUGGUGGCAACAGGAGGAGCAGAUGCCUAUUAUGAGAUGGGAAUUCAUUGUUGGGAUAUGGCGGGAGCUGGAAUUAUUGUUACUGAAGCAGGCGGAGUGCUGCUAGAUGUCUCCGGAGGGCCAUUUGAUUUGAUGUCCAGAAGAAUAAUUGCGGCAAAUAACCAAGUAAUAGCAGAGCGGAUAGCCAAAGAGAUCCAGGUCAUUCCUCUUGAAAGGGAUGAUGCAACAAAUUAAUGGUUAAAUUUCACUGACCCUGCGAUUGACUAUUCCUAUCAGCUGGUCUGUUUUUGUUUUUAAUAAAACUUUUUAUGUGGAGCACACUUUUUGGAUUUGAGUAGUGUGGCAGACAGGGUUGAUGCUGAAUCCUGACAUUUCAAAGCCUAAUAUUUCAAUUGUUUCCCCCACCCCCCACCCCCAAAUGUUUCUGGUCAUUUCUUUUGUCUUGUGCAAAUGGCAAAUGAACAUUUGGAAAACUGUUUUUGAGCAUCACAUCUUCGCUUCGUAUGUGGGAGAGGUGCAUAAUUCCUCCUAUGCCAAUGAUUCUCCCUGGAUGGUGGGAGUGAGGGAAACCUUUACAAAAUAUCUGGGAGAGAACCUCUGGGAGAGAAUCAGUGAGUGCCACCUGCUGCCAAGUCUUGCCUACAAAUGCUUUCCCAUUAGCAUUAUGAUGGAAAGGUUCCGAUUCUACAUUUUCCAACUUUGGUUUUUCAUAUUUUCCACCUGGUGGUGCGCCUAUAGUAUUUCACAUAAACCAUAUCCACGCUGGCCUGUCAGAUAUCCUCUUUGAAAAAGGAUGUAAUUACAGAGUUGACGGCAUGGUCCAGCCAAAGUUAAGCAUUCUAAAGGCAAUGGUGAAGUAAAGUGUUUAAUUAAAUCUCUUAAAUUGAAAUUGGCGUAACAACUUUGAUUUGAUCAUGUCACAGUUGUUCAGAGAACUGUCCCUUUUCUUUCCACCCUCACAGUAACUUUUAGAAGGGGUGAUGAAUUGGGGGAGGGGGAAUUACCUAGAUUCAAGUACAAAAAUAAAAUCAAUAGACUGUUAUUAAUACUAAAUUAUUAAAGCAAUGUAAAAACAUUUGGUCACAACUCAUUGAAUAAAUAUUCUCAACAUUUAAGUAGACACAGAAUGGGUUUUAAACUGAAAAUUCUUUACUAGGACUUUUUAAAGUCUUCUUCUGAGGAAUUUAUUUCUAAUUUUGAAAAAGACUUGACAGGUGAAAGAGGAGGGACCAAGUAUUUGUUCACCUUUCCUAGAAAAGUAAGUGACAGCAGAAUUUCUUAAGAUAUAUUUAAAGAAUUGGAUGUUCAGUGAGUGAGCCUUGUGACAUCCAGAAAUAUUGACUUAAAUUGUACAUGGAGGGAGCAAUCCUAUGACCACUAGACACUGUCUAAAGGGACAUAGGAUUUUUGGUUUCUGGGAACCAAGGUUAGAACCAGGCCUCCAACCUCGGAGCCCAGAAACUGCUCUCUCCCGCCCCAUUGUAGAUGGUGUGACUCUCAUUGUGCUGACCUUGUCUCUGCACUUGGAAACGGAGUACAGAGAGGAUGAAAAGAGGGUUGUCCCGGGCCUGGGGUGGGGAGGAGACUGUGGAUGCUGCUUAACACAGCUUUCUAUCAGGUUUCCAGACCACUUCCCUCCCCAACGCUGUGCCUAUGUGGGUGAAAUAAUCUGUCCAGACAAAAAUGCAGGGUGGCUGGAGCAUGGAGGAGAGGAUUCCCUCCAUGCUCCAGCCGCCCUGCAUUGGAUAGUUACAGCCUCUGAUUUCAGAGUCUGGCAACUAUCUGGAGAGGAUCGCGCCCCAAGUGCAUAUGAGCUUGAACUUGCAUCACUGAAUUGUUGGCCACUGAGCUUUCAAUAUAGCAUGCAAGCCUCCUAUCGCCUAUCUUUGUCACAUGGGGCUUUGCAUUCUGAUUCAUCUGACGAUGUCCUAAUGUACGCGUGACCUGUUCACAACACUGGAGAUGUACCAUAAAUGUAACGUUCCAAGAUGUUUCAUACCAUUAUUUACUAAUUCUCUGCUUUCCCUGUUAGAUCAUGCAUUACGUUAGUUCAUCUAGUACAGCCAUAACCAUGCAGGCACCAUUUUCUCCCCCAAAAUGAUAACUGUCAAACUAAAUGUAACCAAUAAGAUUUCCUCCCCAGUUUCAUUUUCUUUUGAAUUAUAUGGGUUCAUAGCCAUUGUGGGGGCAAAUUGUUCUUAGCCCAAUCCUCAAAUUGUGAUUAAUUUCAGUUGGGCAUGCAUUCCUGGAGCAGGCUUAACAAUGGGUCUUAUGAUUCAGUCCUGUGCAUCACUGUGCUGACAUAGCAGUGCAUAGUUUUUGAGGGAAGGUCUCUAGCACCAAUGUAAAGGGACAACAUGAUGCAAGCUGCCUGUAGAUGUUUCUUAUAUUUAAACAGCCUUAAGGAUUUUACUUUUUUCAAAAGUGUCAGAAUGAUUCCUUAGCACACCAGGCCAAAUAGAGGAAUUCUGGGCUCUUGUAUGAAAAAUGCUAAUAUGAAGCAGAUAUACUUUGUAAAGUGAAUAUUGUUUUGAAAUGUACUGUGGUAAUAAAGAUUUUUGCUGGAAAAUGA